CAAACACAACUAACCUAUCUCUUCCAGAGUCGCAGGAGCUCUAGCUCCAGAUCGAAGCAAGCACAAUGGCGGAUGCGCAGUCAGUUAGAGAAGAAGUUUCGUCCGCAAAAGCUGUCUUGCUAGGAGCUUUAGCCCCCGGUGUCAACGGUCCCACAUGGAAUACUCUAAAAUCAGCGUUUCUGUUGUUGGGUCUGUCUCUUUCUCUGAUGCUCGCACUGGCAAUCUCUUCCAGCGAUUCCUCCCUGGUUCUUCAUGUCGGCUUUCUGGUUCUUAUCACUGCGACUUUGUUCCUUCUUCUCAGUUGGUUUCUUGCACAGACUGGUUUGGUAACAAUUGAAAACCAAAUGCGCGACUUGGACUUAGUGCCAAAUGCUGGCUCAGAGACGAAUAAGAAGAGAACAUAGAUUUAGAUUGUUCUUAUAGCAUGGCAAGCAAAUACAUUAUCAAGUUUGGAAGAGAAAAGACCCUUUAAGAGGUCCCUUUAUUACAUGACAAAAGAAGGAAAAGAAAACAACAUUUUUUUUUCCUGCAAUUCUUGAGAUAUACAUUGGAGUGACCAAAUUUGCAGGUUUCAGUCACUCUUGGCAACCUUGUCGUUGUCGUUGUCGUUGUCCUA